AUGCUUCAAUCACCGACGAUAGAUCAUGCUGACCAAGCGCUUCGGCAAACGCUCUCAUGUCUGAUUCCGACGUUUCUGAAUUCCAUCGACUAUGUCUCACCACCUGAAGUUGACAAGAAUUCAUUACGAAUGGCACUUAUCGACAGAGCCCUCCAAGGCGGUGUCCAUCUCGAGACCGACGAUGCCUCACAGAUGCGAUUCGAAGCUGGCCUAGCUGUCGCUGCUGAAAUGUACCCCCUUCACCCCCUCGAAAUUCAGAUUCACAUUGGUCUCUUCACCUGGUUCGGAUUCAUCAUCGACGACAUGAAUGCUGAGUUGGGGCUGGACUUGGAGCACUUUCAAACACGACUGCUUGUAGGAGAACGGCAACCAUCGGCGCUCCUACAGUCGUUCGCGGAUAACCUCAGGUCGAUGAAGAUGUACUACGAUCCAAUUGUUGCCAACUGGAUCGUGCUUUCUGCUCUAGCAUUCGUCAACUCAAAUGCCAUCGAAAUUCGUCCUCAAUAUCAAACAAUCGUUCUGACAAAGGAAACAGUCAGCUGGCCCUACUACUUUCGAGAUAAAGAGGGACUCCCAGAGGUGUACACCUACUUCUGCUUUUACAAGGCGCUAUGCCCUGAUAUCUCAUGCUUCUUACCAGCUGCACCCGAAAUGGGGAGGUUUAUUAAUCUGACCAACGACAUCUUAUCGUAA